AUGGUGCUCUGCGCCAAUCCUGAUCGGGUGGCGAUUCAGGCGAAGCUGCAAGAGUUCGACGCCCAGCGGUUGGUCGACCGGCCGGGGCACCGGACUGCCGGGACCAUCGAGGCCCCCGGGGUGGACGAGGCGGCCGGCGAGGGGGCCGCAAGUGGUCUGACGCAGAUUGGUGGCCCGGGCGCCGCAAGCGGCGAGCCGCAGGCCAGCAGUAGGGCUGCUGCGGGCAGCAACCGUCGCACCGGAGUAGGAGGCACCGCCGGCAGCGGGGCGGCGACGGCGCCGGAGGAUCGGGGAAAGCGCCCCUGGCUCUUUAUUCCCGUGCCGGAGUCCCCGCUGUCACCAUUGCCAGGCGAGGGGGGAAACCAGGACGGCCAGUCGUCCAGCGCGGGGCCGUCGUCGGGGGCGGUGGAGGAACUCCAGCACGUCGAGGGGGAGCUCCAACACCGGGAGGAGGACGCCGCGAUCCGGGAGACCGACGCCGAGAUAACGGUGGCGGACUUGGACACCCGGGAGGAUCUACUGGCCCACCGGGAGGCAGAGGCUGCCGAGGCGGCGACGGCCAUUGCUGCUAGGGAGGAGCGGGCCGCCAAGUCCGAGGCAGAGCUGGCUGCCCGCUAG